AUUGAGAUAAGGAAACGAUAAAACAAAAAUGGAACCUGUUUUCUUUUUCUCAAGAGUGAUACAAAGUCCAGUGUCUCUUUUUAGAUUUUUCUAUUCGUCUUAUCUACACAAGUGGACACGCGUCACUCAUGCUCUUUAUUCAGUCACAAAACGACGUCGUCUCACGCGGAUAAUUUAUUUUUCUUUAUUGUUUUUUUUUCCAUUUAUCUGUUUGAAGCUCAAAGUUCACUCACAGCUUAGAGUUCAGAACGAUAAUGGUGGUUUUUGGCGGGAAAAAGGUGCAUCAAAUUGUCACCGGCUUCGGCGGCAGUGGUCUCGGCCAGGUAGUCGUCGCCGUCGCCGUCUCUCUCCUUGUUCGCAUCUUCUCCGCACCCGGCCCCGCUCUCUUGCCGGAGAACGACGAUGAUCCAAACAACGAUUCCCACGACGGUGAAAUUCCUUCUCCCUCCGGAAAGGUUACGCCGGUCACAAUCCGCUGGAACAAUAUCAAUUGCUCCCUUUCUGAUAAAUCCUCCAACUCCGUGAGGUUUUUACUUAGAAAUGUGAGUGGAGAAGCAAAGCCAGGAAGAUUAUUAGCUAUAAUGGGGCCUUCAGGUUCAGGGAAGACAACAUUGCUUAAUGUUCUUGCUGGUCAGCUCACAGCGUCGGCCCGGCUUCAUUUGAAUGGCCUUUUGGAGUUCAAUGGAAAGCCUAGUUCCAGAAACACUUAUAAGUUUGCUUAUGUGAGACAGGAGGAUCUCUUCUUCUCACAGCUUACUGUGAGGGAAACAUUGUCUCUCGCUAUAGAACUACAGCUUCCUAACAUUACUUCGACAGAAGAGAGGGACGGAUAUGUCAACAAUCUCCUUUUCAAACUAGGUUUGGUCAGCUGUGCUGAUACCAACGUUGGCGAUGCAAAAGUACGUGGAAUUAGUGGUGGUGAAAAGAAACGUUUAUCCCUGGCAUGUGAACUACUUGCAAGCCCAUCUGUUAUAUUUGCUGAUGAGCCCACAACAGGACUUGAUGCCUUCCAGGCUGAGAAAGUUAUGGAAACUCUCCAAGAACUUGCUCUAGAUGGUCAUACUGUAAUUUGUUCAAUACAUCAGCCAAGAGGUUCAGUAUAUAGCAAAUUCGAUGACAUUGUCUUGCUAACCGGGGGUACACUUGUUUAUGCUGGUCCUGCUCGUGAUGAACCAUUGGCAUACUUUUCAAAAUUCGGGUACCACUGCCCAGAUCAUGUAAAUCCGGCUGAAUUUUUGGCCGAUCUUAUAUCUAUAGACUACAGUUCUGCUGAUAGUGUGUAUUCCUCUCAAAAAAGGAUUGACGGGUUAGUUGAGUCAUUCUCACAUAGACUAUCUACAAUAAUAUAUGCCACUCCAAUUACUUUAGACGAUCUCUCUAAAAGUAGAAAGAGAAUCAGAAUGAGGACUGUAGCAAAGAAGAAAGGGUGCUGGUGGAAACAAUUCUGCUUGCUUCUUAGACGGGCAUGGAUGCAGGCUUCCCGUGAUGCACCUACCAACAAAGUUCGGGCAAGGAUGUCAAUUGCAUCAGCAAUUAUCUUUGGGUCAGUUUUUUGGAGAAUGGGAAAAUCUCAGACUUCAAUACAAGACAGAAUGGGAUUGCUUCAGGUUGCUGCAAUAAACACAGCUAUGGCUGCCCUCACAAAGACUGUAGGCGUGUUUCCAAAGGAACGGGCAAUUGUUGAUAGAGAACGUGCUAAAGGCUCUUAUUCUUUGGGACCAUAUUUGUUUUCGAAAUUGUUGGCUGAGAGUCCUAUUGGAGCAGCAUUUCCUUUAAUGUUUGGUGCUGUUUUGUACCCAAUGGCACGUCUUCAUCCUACUUUGAUGAGAUUUGGGAAAUUCUGUGGAAUCGUCACUGUGGAAUCUUUUGCUGCAUCUGCGAUGGGUCUUACUGUGGGUGCUAUGGUUCCAACCACUGAAGCAGCAAUGGCAGUAGGCCCCUCUCUUAUGACCGUUUUUAUAGUGUUUGGUGGCUACUAUGUCAAUCCUGAGAAUACCCCAAUCAUCUUCCGCUGGAUUCCUAGUGUUUCUCUGAUUAGAUGGGCCUUUCAAGGACUUUGCAUCAAUGAAUUCAGUGGUCUUCAAUUUGAUCAUCAGCAUUCAUUUGAUAUUCAAACUGGAGAGCAGGCACUAGAGCGUCUUUCCUUUGGAAAAAUUAGGAUUAGGGAUACAGUGAUAGCGCAAAGUAAAAUAUUGUUAUUUUGGUAUUGCACCACCUACCUUCUCCUUGAGAAAAACAAGCCCAAAUACCAGCAACUUGAAAUGACCCCUCCUGACCUCAGCAAACCACAUUUAAAACUCGAGGAAUUCAAUGCUGAACAAGUUGAUCAGACACAUGAAGCACCAGAGGUUGACCAAGUUGGUUCGGACGAGCCCAUUGAGUCACCUGAAGUAGACCCUGUUGGCUCUUUUAUUCUAGAAGGUGCUCAGUAGAAUGAUAUUUUGCAAAGGAUGACCUGCAAAUACUGAGAAGUAAGCCGUUUCCUAUAGAACAAGACCACAAUCACUGGUAAUACACGAUGUCAUUAUUGGACAUCCAAAUCAUACGAUUAUUUUAACAAAUUCUUACCUGGCUGUAAUAAUAAUAAACAGUGAUAGUGGAUACUCUUGUGCAGUUUCAUGUUUGGUUCAUUUGAUUAAAGCACUUUUUUUUCAUUCCGGGACCAGAGUAUGUAGAAGUGGUCCGGGCAGUUGAAUUAGUGUUAUGCCUAUGGAUACUAACGUGAAAAUUGAGGCAGGCGGAAGGUUCUGCGUUCUAGAAUUUGCUAUUUCUUGCCCCAAUGUUAAGAGCUUUUUACGUCA